AUGGAAGAAACAGUGAGAGACUCUUUGGAAAACAAGUAUUUGGUGGCAAGACCAAUUUAUUCAGAGGAUGCCUUCACCACUGACCAUGAAAUAGUAAAAAGACAUCACACAACAACGUUAGAUCUUCUAAAAAGAACUUGUAGUUGCUCAUCGAAGAAAGCAAAAAGAAUUGCGCUAUCUUUUUUUCCUAUUAUUUCAUGGCUUCCUACGUAUCGAUUCAAGGAAUGGAUUCUCAGUGAUAUCAUUUCUGGAGUUACUACAGGGCUUGUUGCUGUGCUGCAAGGUCUGGCAUAUGCUCUCCUUGCUAAUGUCUCUCCUGGCUAUGGAUUAUAUACCUCCUUCUUCCCAGUUGUGGUGUAUUUUUUCUUAGGCACUUCCAGACAUAUAUCAGCUGGUCCGUUCCCUGUUGUUAGCCUGAUGGUUGGCUCAGUGGUAGCUAAUCUUGUCCCUGGUACCACAAGCAACGGAAAUUCUACUACUAAUGCAACUGCAGACCAGUUGAUAAGUGAGGAGCAAAUAGUUGUGGCAGCAUCACUGACAUUUUUAGUUGGAAUUAUUCAGUUGGCUUUGGGACUUCUUCGAAUAGGCUUCAUUGUUAUAUACUUAUCGGAACCCUUAAUAAAUGGCUUCACAACUGCUGCUGCCAUUGAAGUUGUGAUAUCACAACUAAAAUAUGUAUUUGGCCUUAAAGUUACCUCACUCAGUGGGCCACUUGCAAAUUUUUAUGUACUGGAGAGUAUAUUUACUCAGAUAACUAAAACCAAUGUUGCUGAUCUUGUUAUUGCAAUUAUUGUAAUGGUCUGUGUGUACAUUGUGAAAGAACUGAACAAUCGGUACAAGUCAAAACUGCCAGUGCCAAUUCCUAUAGAAAUCAUAAUGACAAUCAUUGCUGCAGGGGUGUCUUACGCAUUUAAUUUUAAAGACAAAUAUCAAGUAGAUGUUGUAGCAACCAUACAAAAAGGAUAUCAGCCUCCCGUUGCACCAAGUAUAGAUGUCUUUCAAAAGUGCAUUGCUAAUGCUUUCUCCAUUGCAAUUGUUGGAUUUGCCGUGGCCUUUUCGGUGGCUAAGGUUUAUGCAAUCAAGCAUAACUACACUAUUAAUGGGAACCAGGAGUUAAUAGCAUUUGGACUGAGCAAUAUACUGUGUGGGUCAUUUAAAGGAUUCGCUGCAAGCACAUCUUUAUCCAGGUCAUCUGUACAAGAAAGCACUGGUGGCAAAACCCAGGUUGCUGGGAUAAUAUCUGGCUUGGUUGUUUUGAUUGUAACAUUGGCCAUUGGCUACCUUCUAGAACCACUACCAAAGUCAGUUUUGGCAGCAAUCAUCUUGGUGAAUUUAAAAGGAAUGCUGAUGAAGUUCAAUGAAAUUCCAGUGUUAUUUAAGAGAGAUAAGUAUGAUUGUCUUGUUUGGGUCUUGACAUUCAUCGCAUCUGUUGUUCUUGGCUUGGAUCUUGGGCUUGCUGUUGGUGUAGGAGUAGAACUUCUGACAGUGGUGUUCCGUGUUCAGUUCCCCAAGUUUGCAGUGAUAGCUAAUAUUGAAAAAACAGACAUCUACAAAAAUAGGAAGGACUACAAUGAUAUCUGUGAGCCGAAAGGACUGAAGAUUUUCAGAUGUCCAGCUCCGAUAUUUUUUGCCAAUAGUGCCUUCUUCAGAGAUAAACUUAUUGCUGCUGCUGGAUUUAAUCCAUUGUGGGUUCUGCGGAAGCGGAAUAAGGCUCUGAGCAAAAUCAAAAAAUUAGUGAAAAAGGGAGAACUACAUGUCACAACAAAAGGUGUUAUAUGUACAUCAUACGAUUACAAAAAGUCAGAAGAUGAAGACGAACUGGACAACAACAUGAUUGAAGAGCUGGACCAGCCCAUAAACACUGCAGAUCUUCCCAUUGUCAUUGACUGGAAUGCAGAUCUUCCAAAUAAUAUCCAAGUUCCUAGAAUAGAACUUCAUAGUUUAAUCCUUGACUUUGGGGCAGUCUCAUUCAUUGAUGUUUCAGGCAUGAAAGCAUUGAAAGGAAUUUUAAAAGAAUUUAUCAAGGUUGAUGUAGACACGUACAUUGUUGCUACAGACAAUUCUGUGGUGGAGAAGUUGAAUAAAAGUUCAUUUUUUGACGAUGACAUUAAAACAUCAAUGCUUUUUCUCACUGUCCAUGAUGCUGUUCUGCAUGUGUUGGAGAAAAAAGGCAUGGACUAUGCAUUGAAAAGUGGGCAACACAAGGAAACAGAAAAUAUUUCCUUCGUAAAUGGAUUUGCAAAACAAAGCAUUAAUGGAGAAUUGAGUAUGGGAAAUGAAACAAAAUUUUAGAAAUAAUGUCUGCCAGCCGAUGACCAGGCAUGGGCUCACACAUCCCCUUAAUAUUUUCCAUAGAUGAAAUGUAUAGGAAACAACAGUAUUUAUAUUAUAAUUAAAAAUCUGUUCCA